AUGAUAUUACGUGAUGUUGCCAAAGGAGUAAUACAGGAAUCAAAAUCAAAACAAAUUCCAUUUGUGAGUGCUUCAUUAUUAGAGAGGGAUAUAUAUUUAUAUAGUCAACAAACAAAGCGACUACAUAAACCAGAACAGCCACAAAAUUUGUUACAAAUAUCGGAUCAGGAUCUAAAAUUGGACGAGGAAAUUGGUCGUGGAGCAUUUGGAACAGUUUACCGAGCUCGAUGGUUGAGGCGACACCACACAGUUGCUGUCAAAAGGUUACAUCUUACUCAGUUGGA